CUCCGAUCCCAAGCAAAAGCAAGAAGGAGAAGAAGAAGAAGAAGAAGCUCCAGAACAGCGUGGCAGAAUAAAAUAUCGACACGUGUCACGAACCCCUUACUAGGGUUUCUCCAAUUUCCGGUUAGAUUUGUUACCGGAGACUACACAAAAAGUGAGAGUGUCAUGGAAAAUGCUAUGAAUCAAGAUAAUGCAUUGAUGGACAUUGGUUCUCAAGAUGUCACGGAAAGCAGCUCAAAUCAAGGCACCACAGAAAGUAGCAUGUCACAAGAUGAAGCUUACGCACAAGGGGAGUCUAAAGCGGUAGAAAGUUCCAAACGUGGUGCAAAUCAAGAAUAUGCAGCAACAGAUGCUGAACCUCACGGGGAUGAGGAUCAUGGAAUCCUAGAAGGCUCUGAAGAAGGCGUUAUUGUAGAACCAUACGAGGGCAUGGAGUUUGAAUCGGAGGAGGCCGCAAGGAUAUUCUACAAUAAAUAUGCUAUGAGCAUUGGUUUUGGUAGCCGUAUUAGUAGGAACCGUCGUUCGAGGAAAGAUGGAGAAACUAUUGCUCGGAACUUUGUAUGCUGCAAAGAGGGUUAUCGUUUGAGGAAAGAUGAGGACAAUGAUGGCAGGAUCAGGCGGCAUCGAGCGGUCACUAGGGAAGGCUGUGGGGCGAUGAUUACUGUAAAGAAAACCAAUCUUGGGAAAUGGGUCGUUUCAAAAUUUGUGAAAGAGCACAAUCAUGUGCUACUCAGUCCAAGUGAAGUGCGUAGCCUUCGAUCACAUAGGGUCAUAACUAAUCCCCCGAAAAAGCUAGAUGCCGAAAUUCAGGUGGCUAAGGAGAUGGAAAUGAUAGAAAGUUUAGAAGGAAAUGCAAAUCUGGAUCCGUAUGAGGGCAUGGAGCUUGAAUCAGAGGAUGCUGCUAGGAUAUUCUAUAGUGCCUAUGCUAGGCGCAUUGGUUUCCGCAGCCGCAUCAGUAAGAACCGGCGUUCAAGGAAAGAUGGAGAAGUUAUUGCUCGGAAAUUUGUAUGUUAUAAAGAGGGUUAUCGUGCAAAGAAGCAUGAAAAUAAGAAAAAUAGGAUUUACCGGCCACGAGCAGUCACAAGGGAAGGUUGUGAAGCGAUGAUUUAUGUAAAGAAGAUGGAUUCUGGGAAAUGGGUCAUUACAAAAUUUGUAAAGGAGCAUAGCCAUCCACUGCUUGAUCCAACUAAAAUGCGCUCAGUUAGAUCAAAUGGGAAUGCAUCUGAUGCUUCGAAAAACCCAAUCAGUGUUUCCGAGGGGGAAAGAACAAGUGCGAGUGAAAUGACUCCUGCAGUUGGUGCAAGAUCAAGCGGAAUUAUCAAUUCUGGCAUUACUGAGCAAGACCAUAAUAGCAAUGUUCAAAAUAUUCGGAAAAGAAAGAGGAUCCCCGGAAAAGACCCUCAAGACGUCCUAGACUAUUUACACCGCAUGCAAUCCGAGAAUCCCGCCUUCUUUUACGCAACAAAAGUUGAUGAGGAUCAGUCAUUGCAGUGUAUUUUUUGGGUUGAUGCUAGGUCGAGGAUGGCUUACAAUUAUUUUGGUGAUGUGGUUUAUUUCGACACAAAAUAUAAGAUGGAGAAAUAUGAAGUGCCGUUUGCUCCAUUCAUAGGAGUGAACCACCACCAACAGUCUACGUUGUUUGGCUGUGCAUUACUUUUUGAUGAAACUGAAUCAUCAUAUGUUUGGCUAUUUAACACAUGGCUCGAAGCAAUGUCCGGUCGCCAUCCAGUCACAAUAAUAACCAACCAAAAUGAGGCCAUGGGAGCAGCAAUAGAGCAGGUCCUCCCGAAAACUCAUCAUUGUUUUUGCAAGUGGCUUAUCUUAAAUGAAGCCCCAAAGCAGUUAUCUAACAUAGAUCGUGGACAUCCUACCUUUGAAGCGGAGUUCCAAAAAUGUGUCAACCUAACGGAGACUGUUGAUGAAUUUGAGUCAUGUUGGGAGUCACUUGUUCAUAGAUUUAAACUUAGGAAGAAUGAAUGGCUUCAAUCUUUAUACCGUGCUCGACGCAAGUGGGUCCCUGCGUACUUACACGACACAUUCUUUGGACAGCAAAGUGAAAUCAUAAACUCAUUUUUCGAUGGGUAUGUUAAAGCAAGCACCUCUUUUCAAGUGUUUGUCACUCAAUACGAAAGAGCUCUUGCCAAUCGGCACGCAAAGGAACUCGAAGAGGAUAUUCGAACGGCACACAUUAAGCCGAAUUUGAAGACGAAAUUGCCUUGUGAAAAACAAGCAGCUGACUUCUAUACGAGAACAAUGUUCUCAAAAUUCCAAGAGGAAAUAUUUGAGAGCCUUGGUUACAUUGCAAACAAAACUAAUGAGGAUGGGCAGAUCAGCACAUAUAGUGUGGUGAAAUAUGCAGACCGAAGGAAGGAAUGCACUGUUGCACUCAAUUUGGCUGAGAGAAGAGCAAGUUGUAGCUGUAAAAUGUUUGAAUUUUCAGGAAUUCUUUGUAGACAUGCAUUAAUUGUCUUCAACGUAUCAAACAUUACAACAGUCCCGUCUCAUUACAUCUUAGAGCGGUGGACAAGGAACGCUAAGUGUGUGGUUGGGUUGGACAAAAGAGGAGUUGCAAUGCAGGCUAAUUGUCGAAAAUCCCCAAACUUGCGGUACAGUGUUUUGUGCAAGCAAGCCAUUAGAUGUGCAGAGGUGGGGGCGACCUCUUUGCAGGAUUUCGAUGUGGCAAUACGUGCUCUACGAGAAGCUUGGGAAAAGAUUGCUGCUUCAAAAAGGAAGGCUGGAGGAGGCACACUAAUUGGCGCUCCUGUUUGUGGCGGUAGUCAGGGAGACAAUGCCAAUGCACAAAGUGAAAUGGACAAUAUAAUGAACCAAAUAACUUCGAGCGGACCUACACAACCGAAGCCGAGAGGCCGGCCUCGAAAUUCCAGUUCGAAAGCCAAUUUGGAGAAGGCCACAAAGAAUGUGAGAAGAUGUACUAUUUGCAAGGAGCAUGGCCAUGAUAAGUCCAAUUGUCCAAGAUUGAGACCCAUAGGGAGCAUUUUCAGCAAUGGUGGUGGUAUGCUUGUAGUGGAUGCUGGGCCUAGUGAUUUGCAUGGGCAUGGUGGGAUAGGUGGAGAGCAACAUGGAUUCUCUGAUGGAAUUCUGGGACUUUCGCUGGGUGAUCACUUUGAUGCACAUGGCACCUCAGGAAUUCAUGGUUUUGGGCCUGGCAGUUUUUUCCAGAUAAAUUCGCUUGGAAAUUCAAGACUUCUCAACCCAACUGAGGAAUUCUCAGUGACUGGGACGCGGCCUCAUGAACAUUGAGCACUUAUAACAUGAUUUUCUUGACUGUUUGUAUCUGAUUUCUUGCUUCUUCGUAUAUAGCCUCCUUAUGGGGUUUUGUCUUCUCUUGUGGAUGUGUAAGAAGCCGGGAAAAAAAAAAACAUUGAGGAAGGAAAGCUCAUUGCUUUUCUUUAAUCAUGUUAUUUUUUGUGGAGCGUGGUUCAGUUUAAGUUAUAUAUAUAUAGAGAUGUGUAUUUCUGUAUCUAUUCAUGUUGAUGUUCUUGUAAUCAGAGAUUACAAAUUGAUUCUCUA